AUGGUAACUAAAAAGUCAGAUAUUCCCACCGAUUUUCCCCACCAACCCGAACGAAUAAUUGAAUAUAAAAAUUUACUGUUAGAGGUUGUUUUCAGUUUAGAGGAGGAUUUCCAAACUAUUGAGCAGGAGCAGGCUUACCAAGCGGUCAAAGAGGAGUUAAAAAAAGAGCAGGAGGAUUUCACCACCCGCCAACAAAGCCUAGAAUCACAAUUAGAAGCGACAAAAUCACAACUAGGAGAAAGCCAACAAAAACUAGGAGCGACCCAACAAAAACUAGCAGUAGCUCAACAAAAAUUAAACAAAGAGAAAAGAAAAAAUUUUCAUCAAAGCCGGGAACUAAAUGCCAAAAAGCAGAAAUUAAACCAGGCUUAUCAGAAUAGCCAAACCAAUUAUCACCAUUGCCAAGACCAAAUAAAUAUUAAUGCUUCUCUCACCCAACAAUUAACCGCCCUUCAACAAGAUUUAAAGGCUGCCCAAGCCGAAAUAAAUUAUCAUUUAGGAGUUGCUGAAUUAGCCGCCGAAAACUACAAAAGUCAAUUAACCGAAGCCAAACAAAGUUUAGCCCAAGAAAAAGACGGUUGGCAAGAUAAGGUGGAUAACUUAAAGAAUUUAUUAAGUGAAAAGCAAACCAAACAAGCCGAAGUAGAAAAAUUAUUUAACCAAAGGUGUGGAUUUUAUGAAAAAGAGAUAGAAGAAUUAAAACAGCAAAACCAAGCGAAACGGCAAAGCAGCGAAUUGUGGGAUUUAAUUAACCAGAAAGACAGUUCCUUAAAUAAAUUAACUAAUAAAAAAAAACAAGCCACACAAAAGAUUAGGGGGUUAGUUCAAGAGCAAAAAAACCAGGAAGGAAAGCAUGAGGAACAUAUUUGUCUGCCAGUUGAUAACGGUGAAUUAACUAGAUUACGCCAAGAAAAUCAAAAAAAAGAGCAAAAAAUAGGAGAAUUGGAGCAAGUAAUUGAGGAGUUAAGGGAUAAACCGCCGAUUCAGACCAUUGACCAGCCAACUCAAACCGAAACUAAACCCGAGCCAAGCAAUAGUGAAAGAGAAACCUUAUUAAUUGAAAUUAACCAACAAAAAGCCACUAUUCAGCAACUCCAAACUCAACUACAACAAGCCCAGGAACCCCAAACAAUAAUUAAAGAAAUCCCUAAAAUUGACUUAACUACUAUUCAACAAUUACAAACUAAAUUAAGAAAAAAAGAACAAACUAUUACUCAACUUCAUAUUACUUGGCUAUUGUUCUUAGGGUCCGAUACUUCUUCACCCUUCCCGUUUCUAGGUUCAAAACCCCACACUAGCCCGGCAUCUAUCCUUGUCUGCAUCUUCCUCCUCCG